AAUUUUUCAAGAAAUUGCUAGCGGUUCCCAGGUCACUGCACGGUCGGCUCCCGAGCACUCCCUUUUUUGCCCACCCUGUUCCAGUAAAGUGGAAAGAACAGAACAGAAGUGUCUUGGCUGGACGCAGGACUCCUGGAAGGGAAAGGCAAGAAGGAAAGGUCCGGGACGGCGCACCACUUGGCCCCGCGCUCCGGGCUGCAGCCGCCUCGGGAGCCCGGGCGUUUGGAAAGGAAGGAAGCCAGAGUUGAGGCUUCUGAAGGAGCUCGGGGCGAACUGUACGGGGGUCCAGGGCUUUACUGCUCCUGGGCAGCAGAGUCCCUGUUUGAAAAGGAGCAUGCUGGGCCCACUCCCGGCACCGGGGUCGCACGUUUGACACCUGCGCCCGAGCACAGUGGCCGCUCGUGUUUCUCGGGAUCCGUGUUUUUGUCGGGGUUUGGAACCUCUCGAUCUAAGCUGUAUUUUCAAAUGGACAGACGUAACUAACUCUCUGGGGUCCUCCCGGUGAAUACAGCGAGGACCCCUGGAGGGCUGCCAAAAUGAUUAAGGGCUACAUGCAGCAACACAACAUCCCCCAGAGGGAAGUGGUCGAUGUCACGGGUCUCAACCAGUCCCACCUCUCUCAGCAUCUCAACAAGGGCACCCCCAUGAAGACCCAGAAGCGCGCAGCCCUCUACACCUGGUACGUCCGAAAGCAACGAGAGAUCCUCCGACAAUUCAACCAGACAGUCCAGAGUUCUGGAAAUAUGACAGACAAAAGCAGUCAGGAUCAGCUGCUGUUUCUCUUUCCAGAGUUCAGUCAACAGAGCCAGGGGCCUGGGCAGUCCGAUGACGCCUGCUCUGAGCCCGCCAACAAGAAGAUGCGUCGCAACCGGUUCAAAUGGGGGCCCGCAUCCCAGCAAAUCUUGUACCAGGCCUACGACCGGCAAAAGAACCCCAGCAAGGAAGAGAGGGAGGCCUUAGUGGAGGAGUGCAACAGGGCAGAAUGUUUGCAGCGAGGUGUCUCCCCCUCCAAAGCCCACGGCCUGGGCUCCAACCUGGUCACUGAGGUCCGUGUCUACAACUGGUUUGCAAACCGCAGGAAGGAGGAGGCGUUCCGGCAGAAGCUGGCCAUGGACGCCUAUAGCUCGAGCCAGACGCACAGCCUGGACCCCCUGCUCUCCCACGGCUCUCCCCACCACCAGCCCGGCGCCUCUCCUCCAAACAAGCUGCCAGGCGUCCGCUACAGCCAGCCGGGGAACAGUGAGGUCACUUCCUCCUCAACAAUCAGCCACCAUGGCAACAGCGCCAUGGUGACCAGCCAGUCCGUUUUACAGCAAGUCUCUCCCGCCAGUCUGGACCCUGGCCACAAUCUCCUCUCACCUGAUGGUAAAAUGCAGAUCUCCGUCUCCGGAGGUGGUUUGCCCCCUGUCAGCACCUUGACGAAUAUCCACAGCCUGUCCCACCAUAAUCCCCAGCAAUCUCAAAACCUCAUCAUGACCCCCCUCUCCGGAGUCAUGGCCAUUGCACAAAGCCUCAACACCUCCCAAGCACAGAGCGUCCCUGUCAUCAACAGUGUGGCCGGCAGUCUGGCAGCCCUGCAGCCUGUCCAGUUCUCCCAGCAGCUGCACAGCCCUCACCAGCAGCCCCUCAUGCAGCAGAGCCCCGGCAGCCACAUGACCCAACAGCCCUUCAUGGCGGCCGUCACGCAGCUGCAGAACUCCCACAUGUACACUCACAAGCAGGAACCCCCCCAGUAUUCCCACACGGCCCGGUUUCCGUCUGCGAUGGUGGUCACGGAUACAAGCAGCAUCAGUACGCUUACCAACAUGUCCUCCAGUAAACAGUGCCCCCUCCAAGCCUGGUGAUGCCCACCCAUCACUUAAACUUUGUGCACAGCAACAAGGACCCUGUUUUCUACACCGUCCCCCUCCGGGCAGCUGUCACGGAAAAGGCCAGUGGCCUGACAAGCACCUUCGAGAGAGGCCCCUGC